AUGGAUAUGUCAACGUCGAACUGGUCGCAAUGCUGCUGGGCGCUUGUAGAUAUCGUUGUAAGGCUUUUCUCUGGGGACGACGAUCGCUGUUCGCGGGUAAAUGCCUGCACAUUCGUGGUGGUUGUCGACCGGUCUAGCAAUCAUUGCUGUAUCAACUCGCUGUCGGAGGUUUUCACGCUACAUCUUUUGAUCGCUGAAGUUAAUUCCGAAGGAAUUCUUUUUCUUCGAACGAUUAGGAAAGUGGCAACACCGGUGGCGGCAGCAAUGAAGCCGGUGAAGAUGAUAUUGGUGACUGGUGGGGUGAUCAGUGGAGUGGGCAAGGGUGUCAUCUCGUCCAGCUUGGGUGCGCUGCUCAAGGCUUAUGGGUAUCGCGUGUCGGUCAUCAAGAUUGACCCGUAUAUCAAUAUCGAUGCGGGCACAUUUUCACCAUUCGAACAUGGUACGUAA